UAUUGAUGGCAGAAAUGGAAGAGAAGAGAAGAACUUGGUGAUUAAGCAAGUAAGGGAAAGAAACGACACGCGUAAGAGACACGCAUCACUUAAACUAGGUAGGUCCCACCUCGGAUACCCCAAAGCCAAAACAUUAUAACCCCAAUUUCCUAUUCAAUUCCAUUUCUAAACAAUAAAACCGAAUGAAUUUGAUUCUCCCAUUCACAACAAUCACCUUCUUCCUCCUCCUCUCACACCUCUUCCAAUCAUCAAUGGCAACUCUCGGUGGAGUACGCGAAUCCCAAUCAUGUCAGAACAGCAAUGACCUCCAAGAUCUGGGUCGUUUUGCUGUAGAAGAACACAACAAGAAAGAGAAUGCGAUGAUCGAGUUCGCGAGGGUGGUGAAAUCGGAAGAGCAGGUGGUGGCUGGUACGUUGCACCAUCUGACUCUUGAAGCGAUUGAGGCUGGUCAGAAGAAGAUUUACAAAGCCAAGGUUUGGGUUAAGCCAUGGCUUAAUUUUAAGGAACUCCAGGAGUUUACUCAUGCUGGUGAUGCCACUCCUUCUUUUACUUCUUCCGAUCUCGGUGUUAAGAAAGAUGGACAUGGAGCAGGGUGGCAAGCAGUGCCAGUGCAUGAUCCAGCUGUUCAGGAUGCUGCAAACCAUGCUAUCACCACUCUUCAAAAGAGAUCCAACUCCUUGUUCCCUUAUGAACUUCAGGAGGUUGUUCAUGCCAAGGCUGAGGUGAUUGAUGAUUUUGCUAAAUUUGACCUGCUCCUUAAAGUCAAGAGAGGAAGCAAAGAAGAGAAUUACAAGGCUGAGGUGCAUAAGAACAAUGAAGGUACUUUCCAUCUUAACCAGAUGGAAGCGGACUCCUCUUGAUUGAUUCCAACACACUAGUGUUUUAUAUAGCAUGGACAUCUUGUGCAACAAUCCCCCAAUCAAACAUGGCCUUUUUUGCCGUUUUACUAGAAUAUUUACAUGGUGGUGAAGUCUAUUAAUUACGAUGUGGUUAUGGCUUUUCUAAACCUGUAUAAAAUAAUGCUAAAGUGAUGUAACAUGCUAACAACUGUUGUGGGCUUAUAAUCCUACUGUUACUUUUCAGUGUAAACCUUAUUAUGUAUGUGUGUUAUAGUAGGCGCACUUGAGAAUUAAUAAGUGAGAGUAUAGUUUAAAGCGUAAAAAAGUUAUAUACAUAUAGUUGUUUGAUUAACAAGCAAUGGAAAAUGAUGCCAAAUUCAAAAUUUCUUCUUACCGUUUGUUCUUUGGUGGUAUAAACUCAAGAAUCAGAGAUACGAUUAAGUUCUAAAAUCUUCAGAAAAAACAUAAUAAUUUCAUAAAUCACAAGGGUAUUUCAGAAGGGGCCAUCAUCACCACCAUUACUGAUCUUACCAUGCUUAGUCUACUCUUCUAAAAGAUAAUUCUGAGUGCUGAGGCUAAAGACCUCUACAACUGUCAGUAAAAGCUAUCAUACCAAAUUUGUUCUUAUGGAUUAAAGGUUGAGUAAGAGAGUGAGAAAGAGAGGAAAGAUACAAGGCUAGAGGGCACAUUUUCCAUACAAUGAUUUCUUUUGUACGCACGCAUAUGUAAUUUUAUUGGUGCGUUCUCUUGAGUUUCCUAUUAAUUUCGAUCCCCACAACUACUUCUUAAGCAUCUACUAAGUACUUCGUCACACUACCCUUCUUCAUCAUAAUCUUCGUCUUCCUGAUCUAACCUUGUGCUAAGAUGCGCAAGUUGAAUAGGGUCAAUUGCCAUAUGAUCCAUCUCAGGAAGAGACCAACCAGGGUAUUCUUCAUGUUUGGUUUCAGAAGUUCCUGCCAAUGGGGCUUGGGCAGUUCCUGCUGCUGCUACUGCUGCCGUUGCCCCAGCUGUAACCGCUGUUGCUGUCACCGCUGCAGCUGCGGCAGCUGCAGCUGCCUUCUUUUCAUCGUUUGCUGAAUCAAUUACAUCAGCGUUCAGGUCAAAGUUCCGAGAAGUUGGGUCAAUCGGGAUGGUUUCAUCACCAGUACUGGUAUUUUCCUUCAACGGGUCCUUGACAUCAGUAGCAUUGUCCACAGGUGCUCCAAGGAUUGUACUUGGUUUGGUACCAUACUGAGGAGAUGAGCAGGGUUCAGAUUCUGGAUCAAGGUGAGAAGUCUCCCUUUCUAAGGUGCGACCUCGCCCGCGUCCUCGGCCUCUACCCCUACCUCUUCCUCUGCCACUACUACUGCCAUGGGUCAUCUCAAGCUACAAAUACAAAAGAAAA